UACCAUACCGCCGCCGCCGCCGCUGCCACCGCCGCCACCGCUGCCACCGCCGCCGCCGCAUUCCUUUCUUCUUCAGUUACCUAUACGUACACACAGUACACAUAUAUUCACGUUUAUAACAUAUAUUAUUACGAUAAUGUUUAUACCUGUACACCCCGUAUCACGUUAACGUUCCGAGUGCGAUAUAUAUACACAUAUGCGUGCGUAUAUAUACAUAUUAUAUUAUAUUAUUAUUACAUAUGUAUGAUAUGUAUAUGCGUGUAUAUCACGGUAUAAAUAUUUUUUUAUGACGGCAGACCGCGAUUAAGUCUGUUACGCGUGUUAUUUUGAUUUAUUAUUAUUAUUACUAUUAUUAUUAUUAUUAUUAUUAUUAUUAUUGUUGUUGGUCGUUACAAUAAUUACUCCGAUAUUACAAUUAAAUACUAUUUAACUAAUAAUAUUAUAAUAAUCGUUUAGAGAAUGCGCGUAGUUGAUUAAUUCCUACAAUCAAACGGGCUUCCACCGAACCGACUCUGCUGUUAACGUAUAUAAACAGUAUACGACAACCAUAGCAGGACAUUGAAUGACCAUGUCGAUGAGCUAGACGACGCGUACACUACACACGAUAUUAUGCAGCAAACGCAACAGCAUUUCUCGGCCACCGAAUACGAACUGCAGCAGCAACAGCCACAAUACCUUGGUAAACACGAUGCCGCUGUCAAAUACAUGCAACAACUCGGACUACACAAGCAAAACAUUAAAGUUGACUCCGAGAUAAGGCCUUGUUUAGUUGCUGACAAUGUGAUCAGUGACCAAAACAGCAGUUGUGGUAGUCCACCCUUGUCCAUUGUAGUUAAUGGCGAUGAGCAACAUAGUUCCAGUACUCCUGUACCCUCAUCCACGUCGGUAUCUCGAUCUAAACCUCAAGCUUGUCGCAUAUGUGGACGUGUUUUAGCAUCAACUUCAUCAUAUUAUGUACAUCUAAAAUCACAUUCAAACAAUAAACCUUACCGUUGUACCCAAUGUGAAGCCUGUUUUUGCCGUAAACCGUAUUUAGAAGUUCAUAUGAGAACUCAUACCGGUGAACGGCCUUAUCAAUGUAAUUUGUGCCUAAAGAAGUUUUCUCAAAAGAGUAGCCUAAACAUUCAUAAAAGAGUGCACACUGGUGAGCGUCCUUAUUCAUGUGACAUCUGCAAGAAAACAUUUGCAGUUAAAAGCUAUGUUAUUUCUCAUAAAUGGAGUCACAUGACAGAAAAACCGUUUGUAUGUGAACAAUGUCAGCUAUCGUUUAACUCUAAGAUCCAAUUUGUAACACACCUUAGAUCUCAUGACUUGGGACCAGCACAUUGUUGUCAAUUUUGUGGAAAAGCCUUUGUGAAAGGAUGCUUUUUAGUCAGACACAUCAAUAAAGUCCACCGAUUCAAUGUUGCUGCAGCAGCAGCAGCUACUGACCACGAGCCAGUACACAGUUCCUACAUGCAAUCAGACACCAACUAUUCUAGCAUAAGAUUUGAUCCUCGUGAAAUCAGCAUAUUGCCAACUACUAAGAAUGGUCCUCGCUUCUUGGGGCCUCCACCGCAUAAUGCAGAUGGUCCACCACCAUUAACCCACCUAACACCCAUGAUGCUGGGCCCACCACAAAACACACGAGCCUAAACCUAUUUUUUCUAUGUUUAAUAAGUAGGUACUUCUAAAGAGUUAAUAUGUGUUAAUAGUCUUGUUUAUUAGGUAAUAUAGAAUAGGUUUACCAUAAAACAUCUUUAUCAAACAUGAUAGAAGUGACAUCAUCAUUAUUUUAUGAUAUUUGCCUCAACAAAUUUAUUUAAUG